AUGGGCCUUUCUCAUGCCUUGGCGCACCAUCGCAACGAUGCGUCGCAGAUUGUCGGGCUGGUCAAUCGGUCGGGCCGCGUCGAGCACGAUGAACUGGCGGGUUAUCCGGUUUUUACCAGUUAUGACAUCGCGUUGGAAAAAACGUCACCUGAUCUGGUGGUGAUUGCCACUUAUUCGGACACUCAUGCCGACUAUGCGGUCGCGGCCAUGUAUGCGGGCGCAAAUGUUUUCGUCGAAAAGCCGUUGGCGACCAGCGUGGAAGAUGCCAGGCGUGUCGUUGAAUGUGCCAGGGAGACGAGAAAGAAGCUUGUUGUUGGCUAUAUACUUCGUCACCACCCGUCCUGGGUCCGGUUGAUAGAGGAGGCGCGUGCACUCGGCGGCCCUUAUGUCUUCCGCAUGAACCUCAAUCAGCAGAGCUCCGGCUCCGAGUGGGAAACGCACAAGGCCCUGAUGCAGACCACUGCUCCCAUCGUCGAUUGCGGGGUGCACUAUGUGGACGUCUGGUGCCAGAUCACCGAUGCGACACCGGUAAAGGUCAACGGCAUGGGGCUGCGGCUCUCCGACGAGAUUGCACCGGAUAUGUACAAUUAUGGCCAGUUCCAGGGUGUUUUCGACGACGGUUCCGUCGGCUGGUACGAGGCCGGUUGGGGCCCCAUGAUGUCCGAAACGGCCUUCUUUGUGAAAGAUGUCGUUUCUCCCGCCGGCUCCGUCUCCAUCGUGGAAGACAACAAGGGUGCUUCCGCGGAUGUGGAUGGCCACACAAAGGUGGGAGGUCUGCUGGUUCAUCGUCCGGGCGGCGACACCAGCAUCAGCCUGCCAGAUGAACCGGGUCACCAGGAACUCUGCGACGCGGAGCAGGCCUAUAUGCUGCGCGCAAUCACCGAAAAUCUCGAUCUCACCCGGCACAUGCAGGAUGCCGUCCGGUCGCUGGCCAUAUGCCUGGCCGCCGAUCACAGCGUCCGCACCGGCAAUUCCGUUGAAGACGGCGAAUUUGUUGUCUUUGUCGGGCCAUCCGGUUGCGGCAAGUCGACCCUGUUGCGUGUCAUCGCAGGUCUUGAGGACGUGUCAUCAGGCGAUAUUCAUAUCGGCGGAGAGCAUGUCAACUUCACGCCGCCCUCGAAACGCGGCAUCGCUAUGGUGUUCCAGAGCUACGCCCUGUAUCCGCAUCUGAAUGUCAGAAACAACAUGUCGCUGGCGCUGAAACAGGAGCGGCAGACAAAGGAUGUCAUCGAUCAGCGCAUCGCUGAGGCGACGCGCAUGCUGAAUUUGGAAGAUUACCUGGAUCGCUAUCCGUCCGAGCUUUCUGGAGGGCAGCGGCAACGGGUGGCCAUCGGCCGCGCCAUUGUUCGCCAUCCCAAACUGUUCCUGUUCGACGAACCGCUUUCGAACCUGGAUGCCGCGCUCAGGAUGAACCCGCGACUGGAGAUUGCCAAUCUGCACCGCCAGCUGGAAGCAUCCAUGAUCUAUGUGACCCACGACCAGUCCGAGGCAAUGACACUUGCCGACAAGAUUGUCGUGCUGAGAGAUGGACAUGUCGAACAGAUCGGUAGUCCGAUGGAGCUCUACAAUAAUCCGGUCAACCAGUUUGUUGCUGGUUUUCUCGGAUCUCCUGCCAUGAAUUUCCUGCCGGCCGGACUUUUGAGCGAAGGGGACGAGCGCACUCUGGGUGUUCGUCCUGAAGACCUUUAUCUCUCCGACAAUGGUCCACUCAAAGCGAGGGUCGAGCAUGUCGAACAACUGGGCGGCGACACCAAUGUGAUUGGUAGGGUCAACGGACAACAGGUCACUGCACGUCUGUUCGGUCAGCAUGCCAUCGAGCCGGGCAGGGAACUCGACCUCGCGAUUUCCGACGGGAAGAGCUACUACUUUGACGGUUCGGGAGUGCGUCUCGGCGCAUAA